GGGAUAUCGUGACAAAACCUCCAGCCGCUCAAUUUAUCCAACAUUAAGCGUGUAUCAACAUCGUGUACAGUUGGAAUUUCUCACCAAAUAAAGGAUUUAAUGUGCCAUGAAUCCAACCGAGACCAACACCAUUCGCUCUUAACUAAAAGGAUAUAGACCAAUGACUGCACCAGGCUUGAUUUAUCAGUGGACGACCUGCCUCAAAUGUCUCCCCCUGCCCCCAGCUCCCUGCUCCCUGCAUAGCCAAGAUGGAAAGCCACGUUGUCAGUAGGAUGGAACCUGAUGAAUAUUAUCCAUUCUGAUGAAGAUGUUGCCCGGAUGCAUAUAAAAAUUGAUGUGGGAAUACUUGGCAUGCAAAGAGCCUUUGAGAUUUUUGAGAGCUGCACUCUCAGAAAGUCUGGUAUCUUGGGCUUGAUUGUUUCUUUCGUGCAAGUGGAUAUAAAGUAGUGCUGCUAUUGUUUGCGGUGGGACUAGCAUAACUCUUGUGCUUGCGUGGAAGAGGAUUGAGCAUGCCCUUACAACGACCAAGCCGCAUUGGCAGCAUCUGGAUGGCCAUGUGUCCACGGCUAAGCCUUAGCGCUAGCCUGGAUCUUCCAUUCUUGUGUUGGAUAGUGGGCUUGGUUGUGCACGCCCAUUUGGCCGCCUCUCAAAAACUGGACGAGAUGGACCCGGUUGUAACUACAACUUAUGGCAAAGUUAGAGGAUUCAAAAAAGAACUGAACAAUGAGAUCCUGGGACCCGUCAUCCAAUUCUUGGGAGUUCCCUAUGCCACACCCCCUACAGGGGAGAGGCGCUUUCAGCCGCCUGAGCCCCCUAUCCCAUGGUCAGAUAUCCGUAACGCAACCCAGUUUGGCCCUGUCUGUCCCCAAACCUUACUUGAAGGCAGACUACCAGACGUUAUGCUACCGGUUUGGUUCACCAAUAGUAUUGAAGUGGUGUCAUCCUACGUACAGGACCAGAGUGAGGACUGCCUAUUCUUAAAUAUAUACGUGCCAACGGAGGAUGGUCCUCUUUCAAAGAAACAGAAUGAUGAUUUAGCUGAUAAUGACGGUGCUGAGGAAGAAGACAUUCGUGAAAGUGGGAGCCCCAAACCUGUGAUGGUUUUCAUCCACGGAGGAUCGUACAUGGAAGGCACAGGAAAUAUGUUUGAUGGAAGCAUCUUGGCCAGUUACGGCAACGUCAUCGUCAUAACCGUAAACUAUCGGCUCGGUGUGCUCGGUUUUCUGAGCACAGGAGACCAGGCAGCCAAGGGUAACUACGGACUUCUCGAUCAAAUCCAGGCCCUGCGCUGGACAAGUGAAAACAUUGCUUUCUUUGGGGGUGACCCUUUACGCAUUACUGUUUUUGGCUCUGGUGCCGGUGCCUCAUGUGUCAACCUCCUCACUCUGUCCCAUUAUUCUGAAGGUAACCGCUGGAGCAAUUCAACCAAAGGUCUUUUCCAGAGGGCCAUAGCCCAAAGUGGCACAGCUUUGUCCAGCUGGGCUGUCAGCUUUCAGCCAGCCAAGUAUGCCCGUAUGCUGGCCAAGAAGGUGGGGUGCAAUCUCAAAGAUACAGUGGAUAUGGUAGAGUGCCUACAGAAAAAACACUACAAAGAGCUAGUAGAGCAGGACAUCCAGCCUGCACGCUACCACAUCGCCUUUGGACCUGUCAUUGAUGGUGAUGUCAUCCCUGAUGACCCUCAAAUCCUCAUGGAACAAGGGGAGUUCCUCAACUAUGACAUCAUGCUGGGCGUCAACCAAGGCGAGGGGCUAAAGUUUGUGGAACUAAUUGUGGACAAUGAGAAUGGCGUCCAAGCCAAUGAUUUUGACUAUGCUGUGUCAAGUUUCGUUGACGAUUUAUAUGGUUACCCUGAUGGGAAGGAUAUUCUGCGGGAGACGAUUAAGUUUAUGUACACUGACUGGGCUGACCGUCACAACCCAGAGACCAGGAGAAAGACCCUGCUGGCACUGUUCACAGAUCAUCAGUGGGUGGCGCCAGCAGUGGCCACGGCAGACCUCCACUCCAGCUUUGGCUCCCCUACUUAUUUCUACGCCUUCUACCAUCACUGCCAGACAGAGCAGGUGCCACCCUGGGCUGAUGCGGCGCAUGGUGAUGAAAUCCCCUAUGUCUUUGGGCUGCCUAUGAUUGGUCCAACUGAGCUUUUUCCAUGCAACUUUUCCAAAAAUGAUGUGAUGCUUAGCGCAGUAGUAAUGACAUACUGGACCAACUUUGCCAAGACUGGUGACCCCAACCAGCCAGUUCCACAGGACACCAAGUUCAUCCACACCAAGCCUAACCGUUUUGAGGAGGUGGCCUGGACACGUUACAACCAGAAGGACCAGCUAUACCUGCACAUCGGCUUGAAGCCCCGUGUCAAGGAACAUUACCGUGCUAAUAAGGUCAACCUAUGGCUAGAGCUGGUCCCUCAUCUCCACAGUCUCAACGAGGUCACGCAGAUCGUUUCCACCACCACUAAGCUGCCUCCAUCUGAGGUUACUCCCCGUAUGCCAAAGAAGAUCCCAGUCAACACAAAGAGACCCUACCCUACACCUUUCCCCACUGAAACACAGGAUAGCCACAACCAGAACCAGAAUCAGCCCUUCCUAGUGGACCAGCGGGACUACUCCACGGAGCUGAGUGUCACCAUCGCCGUUGGUGCCUCGUUGCUCUUCCUUAACAUCUUAGCAUUUGCAGCACUCUAUUACAAGAAAGACAAGCGGAGGCACGAGGUUCACCGACGCUGCAGCCCGCAGAGGACCACCACCAAUGAGCUGCCUCACACGCAAGAGGAGGAGAUUAUGUCUCUACAAAUGAAACACAGCGAUCUGGAGCGGGAAUGCCGAGAGGCCAUGCACCCGCACGAGGUGGUCUUGAGAACUGCCUGUCCCCCGGAUUACACACUCGCCAUGCGACGUUCACCAGAUGACAUUCCACUCAUGACGCCAAACACCAUCACUAUGAUACCCAACAGCAUGCAGGGCCUCACCUCCUUACACCCCUUCAACAGUUACUCCAGUGGACAAAAUAACACCCUACCCCAUCCACACCCUCAUUCACACUCCACCACCAGAGUAUAGCCACACACAUUCUCACACUUAACCACGAACACUCACACACAUACACUCCCGCAGAUGUGGAGUGCUAAUGAACGGACAGAGGGGGCAGCACUAAGUGAGGAAUAUCUUUACUCCUGGUGUUCAGAGGAACAGGAAAUAACAAUGCUGUGUUUUUUUUUUUUUUUUGUCCUAUAGGGCAAAACUAUCAUUUUAUAAUAAAUGGGAGAACAAAAACAGAUGAAAAUACGCAAAACAAUUUCUGAUUUAAUGAAAUACAUACAGAGAUGAUUUUUUACUCCUUAUAUUGUGACAAAACCAGGACCAUUUCCUGGAAACAACUAUCAGUCUGGGAUUCUUUGAGGAAUGGUUUGAUUCAGUUACCCUGAGAGGAAACAACGGAAGCACAGAGGAGAUGACUUGUGGGAGGCCCUUUGUAAACAAUAGGAAAUAUAUUGUUUUCCCGAGGCGCUGGAUUGUAGAUUACUCUCUUCAGAACAGAGGGGAGAUGCUGCUUAAUUGAGACAUGCAUUCUCCUCCUGGCUGAGGCAUUGUAAGAUAUGGAAUACUUCA